AUGGAGCAGGGCGUGGUGAGUCUCUUCAUCGACUUCUUCGACUCAUACUCCUACAACAUCGUGCACUACCUGCGCAAGGUGAACGGUGCGGAGCCGAUAGUCGUGCAUCCAGGGGAGAUAAGCAUUAAAGAUUUUCUGACCAAAUAUUAUCAUCAAGUGGACAAUGUAGUAAUCUCCCCAGGGUAUGGGAACCCUCAAAAGGGGGAAAGUAGCAGAAACGAUCUAAUAGCAGGGAUAUUGCAGAGGAAGAUCGACAUUCCGAUCUUGGGCAUAUGCUUUGGGCAUCAAUUAAUUUGCCACCUCUAUGGGUGUAAAAUAAAAAAAGUAAAGAACAUGUUUCAUGGAGACACGAAUAUAAUUAAUAUAUGUAAGUACGAAAAUGCAGCUAGCGAUUUGUUUGAAAAUGUGAAAGACGGGUUCAAAGCGACAUGUUACAACUCUCUAAAGGUGAGCAAAAGGGUGACCGAUCCAUUGAGGAUUACUUGCUAUUCGCUUUGUGCAAAUGAGUUCAUAGUUAUGGGAACGCAACAUAAAGAACUCCCAUAUUACACAGUCCAAUAUCACCCUGAGUCCAUUGAAAGUGAUUUCAGUAACACAUUUUUUGAAAAUUUUAAAAAGAUUACACUGAAACGAGGGGGUGGGCGUAGAGGUAGACAAGCCACUGUCAACCUUGCGGAGCACCAACUGUGGAGUAAAUACACGCAGGAUGGAAUUUGUUUGGACCUUCUUCAAAAUGGACAGAGACAGAAGGCAUGGAAAAUAAAACUGGUAAAACUCUCAGGGGUGCAGAAGUUGCGUAAUUUCUCGCAUGCCAUUUUUAAAGCCAUUUGUUACGAUCCAAAUGAUAUUUCUUUUUGGCUCGACAGUAACUUGGAAGUUUCGGAUCCCCCUCUAGGGGGUUAUUGCACCAAAGGGGGGAUUGAACACGAUGGAGAUGCCAAUACGGAUAGAAGUGGUACGGACACUAAUCACUUAAAUAGUAAUGGCCUACAUGAUAGAUGCAGAUUCUCCUACAUGGGAAAUGCCAAAGGGCGCUUAAGCGAACUGUUAGAGUAUUACUACGCAGAGGAUGCGGGAGGACACCAAAUGAAAGGCACAAUCCUUCAGUUAAGGAAAGAAACAAACGAGGAGGCGUAUCGAGUAACGUACUAUAGUGAGGAUCCAAGCAACUGUCUGGUCCAUUACAUGAGAGAGAGAAUAAAUCUAUUUAAAGAUAACUACAAUAUCCAUUUGGAGGAGAUAAAAAUGGAUAAGUGCGAUGGAGCCUUCAGUGCGGGAAGAACAAGGCGUGGUGAGAACAGUGUGAAUUGCUCCACGGGGGAUGACGAGGAAGACGAAGCAGAUGAAGAAGGAGGAGGAAAUGUUCACCCUGAUUGUUAUCCCUACGAAGGAUACCUUUCCAAAGGAACGAUCGAAGAGGACCAGUUCUUGAAACAUAAAGAUUCCUGCCUCCUGGGUUACUUUGGCUUCUUUACAUACGAAUAUAAUUUCGAGACCAUGAAUUUUUUGUAUAAAAAAAAGUGGAAAAAUCGUGCCGAGGAUAGGGAUUCGAAGAAUGCCAUCCCAAUUUCUCUUUUUAUUUUCCCUCAGAAUUUUAUCUCUCUCGAUUUGGUUAGUAAUAAUAUUUACUUAAUUUCUCUGGAACCAGAGGAGGCCUAUUUUAAGUCUCCUUUGGGACACUCCCCUCCCUUUUGGAGUAACCAAGAUGUGCAGGAUAUCCUGCAGUACAAUGCCAGAUGGAAUGAAGAAGCUAUUCAACAAAUUAUGAAAAUUGUUCAGACAAAACGAGAAUAUUACCAAGACGGUCAAGUUUCCUCCAUAUGCAUGUCCCCGGUGUGUUUGACACACGAUGAGGAGUUGCCGAAUGCAAGGAAUGUAGACCAGAACAAAAUUGUAUUUUCUCCACUGGUAGGUAAAGAUGAAUAUAUGGAAAAUGUAAAACGGUGCAAAGAAUAUAUUGAGAAUGGGCAUUCGUAUGAACUUUGCUUAACAACCCAAUUUAUGGGUCAUUACUCCAUAUCCAAUGGUAAUGCACCUUCUGUAGAUUUUCUAAACAUGUACUUGCAUGUAAGGGAUGUGAAUAAAGUUGCUUACAGUUGUUACAUUCACUAUUGCAGACAACUCCACGCCGCAUCAGUACCCACCCAAGUAAGUACCAACCCCGUGGUCGACACACAAUUGCAAUUUACAAUCAUGAGCUUCAGUCCGGAGGAAUUCCUUCGAAAGGAUAAGGAGAAUAUCCUCUUUAGCAAACCAAUCAAAGGCACAACAAGGAGAGGAAAAACAAAUGAAGAAGAUGAAAAAAUGAAAGGGAAAUUGCUCAAUAGUAAAAAAGACAAAGCCGAGAAUCUCAUGAUUGUAGAUCUCACGACAAACGACUUCCACAGGAUUUGCAAAACUGAUACCGUUCGUGUUAAUCAACUGUUUCACAUUGAGAGUUAUGCUUAUGUCCAUCAAAUGGUUUCCGAAAUAUGUGGAAGGCUUCCCCCUGGAAAAACCUUUGCAGAUGCCAUUGUCAAUGUUUUUCCAGGCGGUUCCAUGACGGGUGCGCCCAAGCCCAUAUCUAUCUCUCUUUUGCAAAGCAUAGAAAAAGCCCCCCGGGGGGUUUACUCUGGAUCCAUUGGGUUCAUCUCCGUGCAGGGAAAUUUUAUCCUUAACAUCGUCAUUCGAACGGCCUUGGUGCAAAACAAUACGAUCUCCAUCGGGGCCGGUGGUGCUGUCACCAUAAAAAGUGAUGAGACGGAGGAGUACAACGAAAUGCUCCUUAAGUUUAUGAGCGUGGCCAGGCCAAUUUGCUCCUACCUGAUGGAACAGCACAACGUUCAUGUGGAAUACAAACUUUAG